GGAGUAAAAAAUAGUAAAGAAGAGAAGAGAAAAAAAUAAAAAAACACUUCUUCUGACGGCAGCUUGCUUUCUCCGCCCAUGACGCACAUCAUUACUUCCUCUACUUUGCUACCCACAAUGCAUUUUUCUCCAUGACGUACUACUUUACUAGAUUUAUCAUGGCUUCUCGAUCAGUUUUAUCAAGUUUGUGCAUUCUGUUUGAGAUUGCGCAUUCUGGGGCUCAUAACAGAAUUAUCUUACCCAUUCACCCUUUGCCUUUUAUGAGACACUAUACACUAUACACACGUAGAGACACAGCAGCUGUAUGUACUGCCGGUUGUGGUUCAAUUCCUCCAAUGUUACGAUAACAUAUUGUACUAGUAAUACUAAGUCGCUCUAAGUAAGUACUAUAAGCUCCUUAACCAUGCAAUGACCCACAUCGUAUGAGAAUGUUUACACUCUGUUUCUCUUAUUCAUUUUGAGAUCGCUGUUCAAUGUAUAAUAAUAAACUAUUCUUUUUUACUGCAGUAUUCAAGUAUACCGCGACAUUUGAACACACACAUCAGCUUUCAUUUAAAGAUACCGAAUCUUGCCUUUUUUAUAUACAUGAUGGGUUCGGUUCUUCGGUUCGAUUCUUCGGUUCUACGGUU